GACAAACAGCCAGUAUUAGAGCUUAACAAAGGAACUGUUUUAAAUGAUAUAUGUUGUAGUUUUGACAUGAGUUAUGUUGUGGCUGUUGCAGAUUGCAAUUUAGUAUGCAUUUAUAAAUAUUCUGCUUGAUGUUUGUUUUAAAUAAAACAACUCAAUUUUGAAAUUAUUUGCCAAAAAAAUUUUCAAGAGUCAACAUAGUAUACUAAUGUGAAAUGUCCUCACCGGAAUGACCUGUUUAUUUUUGUCAUAUUUUCUGUGAUUUGUGCUUAAUUAUUUUUAAUGGAUUGAUUAGCGAGGUAAAUAAUGAUGUUGUUGAAUAUGAAGAAUAUUUUUAAAUCAUUGUGAUUUGAUUAAAUUAUAUUUGUUCAAUUGCUAAUUGUCAUUCUGUUUAAAUUUUAGCAAGCUAAAUACUUCAUAUUUUGUAUUAAUACUUCCAAACUUUUCCCAAAUCAUAAAUUUGUGAUAAUGUAUUGCAUUUGUGCAUUUUAUUGAUUUGAUGACACUGCCACUAUUUCCACAGUAAAUAUUUUAAUAUUUAAAAAGUCACUGUGAUAUACUCUAACCUAGAAAUGAGUUGUUUUGUUUUGAAUUUAUCUUGCUGUGUCUUGUCCAUUGCCAUCUGACUGCAUAUAUAUAUAUGAAAGCACAAAGGGAUUUUUCUGACUAGGUAUUUUUUACUUACUUUCAUGUUCAUUUACAAAUGUGUUAAUUGUCAAAUUCAUUUGUUGGUGAUUUUUAUUAAUGGUAUUAAACAUUUUAGCACGAUCACUUUUCAAUAUUGCCUGUAUUAAUGGACAAUUUUAUAGAUUUUGUGUGAACUUUCAUUUGUUUUAAACUUUUCAUAUCCUUUUUAAUAUUUUGAAGUGCUAAUUGAUAAUUUAGUUAAUUAGGAUCAAUGGAAACCAAACAGGAGGUUGUUCGGGUGUCUGAUUUAUCCGUAGAUGACUUUGAACGUCAAUUUCUCACCAAGGAAUGUCCCGUAAUAAAUGGUUGCUUAAAAGAUCUCUCCAUUGCAAAUUAUAUUGAAUACCUUUUAUCAAGAGUUGCCGACAAUGAAGUUAAUGUACGAGGCCGAACAAACUGCCAGGAAUACAAAGUUGGGAAAAAUUAUACUUUAAGAAAAACUACAUUCAGGGAAUAUAUUCAAGAUUUACAAAAGUGUAGUGCAAGGGGAUCAAGUUCUUACAUGGCUGUACAAAACAUUGCAAAAGUGUUUCCACAGCUUUCAAACGAAUGUGUACUUCCUGGAUAUAUUCGGAAGGUUCAUAGGCCUUUCAUGUGGAUAGCUCAGAAGGGGCAUUAUGAAUUUUGUCAUUUUGACCCAGAUGAAGGAAUGCUCAUGAUAAUUGAAGGAAGAAAACGAGUAAAACUUUACAAAAGUUCUGACUUAGAUGAACUUUAUCCAAAUCCCUUGGGUUCAAAGGGAAAAACUAUACAGUCUCAGGUUGACUGUGAAAAACCAUUUAGAAAAGUAUUCCGUUUUCGCAAUGCAACUUGUUUUGAAUGUGUGCUUAACUCAGGAGAUGCAUUAUAUAUUCCAGCAUUCUGGUGGCAUCAAGUUACUUCAGAAACGAUUUCUGUUUCUAUAAAUGUAUUCUUUGGUGAUUUUGGUACAAACAGAUACAUUUCGAGACACCUUGGGACAAUCAUGGCCGGCUUUAGGUACUGGAUAUUAAAUAUUGUUGAACAAAACAGACAACAUAAAUCUUUUCAAAGGACAUUGGAGCGUCUCACAGCAUGCGUAGAGAACCUAUUACUAAAACAGUUCCAUGAAGUUGCAACUGAAGAACAGUUGAAUUUUCUUGUUAAAAUGAUUAUGGAAUAUUUACAAAUUAGUGAGCUUCCUAAGUUUUCUGAAGGUGGUAAACAUCCUCCUCCCUUGAAAAUAAGAGGCUUGAGAUGGAGAUAGUGAUUUUUCCCACUGCUUGCUUUUUUUGGUGAAACAAACCUCUUCAAAACUCAUUCAUCUUUCUUUCAAUAGUAAGACAUACUGGAAGACAUUAUGCUAUCAGAAUCUUUCAUAAUGGUUGUUGGACCUUUUAGAUUGAAUUUCUUGAGAAAACCUUCAGCGGAUUCCUACCUUUAAUUUGUCGUGUCAAAUAGUCAUACUUGUUUCUCUAUCAAAUAUAUCAUCAGUGUUCAUGCCUUACUAUUUUGCGUAAUUGGCGAAGUUUUUAUAUUUAUUUUAGUUUUUAUGACAUUACAGCACCGAACCUGAUAAAUAUGUUAGGGAUUAUAUGGGACAUCAUUUACAAUUCUGACAAAACUCGUUUCGCGCAGCUUUAUGUUGUUUUAUUGGCACUAUGGACACAAUUUUUGUAAGAACACUGUUACAAUAAGCGGUAAUUUAAUUUAUUUUGUUCGAUUUUAUGUUUUAAUAAAACCGGUUGUGUUAGUGCGA